UUCAUUCACUCAUCGGUAAUAAUACAAGUAUUGUUUUCCGUACAAAACAAUAACUGAAUUUAAUGCGAAUAUAAAAGUCCGAGAAAACCUAGUUUAUAUGCGAGUGUUAGUAAAAGCACGUUUUUGCAAAAGUCACAUCAUCCUGGUUAUUUAAAGUGACACGCAUAGACGUUGAAAUGGAAACGAUAUGUGCAAUUAACGGAUCCGUGUCUAAGUUGUGGUCAAUUGUAUUGUUGAUCCAGUAUGCAAAUGCCGCAGGUCCACACAUUGUGUUUAUUUUGGCAGAUGAUUUGGGAUGGAACGACGUCAGCUUUCAUGGAUCAUCCCAAAUAUUAACCCCUAACAUUGACGCGUUAGCUUAUUCGGGUUUAAUUUUAAACAAUUAUUAUGUGAUGCCCCUUUGCACCCCGUCACGUAGUGCUUUAAUGACCGGAAAACAUCCAAUACACACCGGUAUGCAGCAUGGGGUAAUAUAUGGGGCAGAACCGCGUGGCUUGCCUUUAUCUGAAACCCUCUUACCACAAUACCUCAAAGAGCUGGGAUAUGCAACCCAUAUUGUUGGGAAAUGGCAUUUGGGUUCAUACAAAAAGGAAUACACGCCUACGUUUAGAGGCUUCGAUUCGCAUUUGGGAUUUUGGACAGGUAGACACGACUACAACGACCAUACGGCUACUGAAAACAGAAUGUGGGGUUUGGACAUGAGACGCAACAUGGAUGUCGCGUGGGACUUGCACGGAAAUUAUUCCACCGACAUUUUCUCAAGCGAAUCGGAGAGGAUUAUAGCAAAUCACAACAGGUCAAAUCCCUUAUUCCUUUACAUUGCACACGCCGCGGUGCAUUCGGGAAAUGUGUACAACCCGUUGCCGGUACCAGACCGUAUUGUCGCGAAACUUGAGAGCAUUCCUGACUACAAACGUCGGAGAUUCGCAGGUAUGUUGACAAAGCUAGACGAAUCUGUAGGGAGAGUGGUACGAGCUUUACAAGCCAAAAACAUGUUGAAGGACAGCAUCAUUGUUUUCAGCACUGAUAAUGGUGGACCCGCGAGUGGUUUCAAUCUCAAUGCUGCCUCAAACUGGCCUUUGCGAGGUAUUAAAAAUACCCUUUGGGAGGGGGGCGUUAGAGGUGCUGCGCUUUUAUGGAGUCCUCUAAUUAAGGCGAAGCAGAGGGUUGCAUUUCAAAAAAUGCAUGUUACAGACUGGUUACCAACACUGUACAGUGCAGCCGGUGGAGACUUGAAUCGAAUAGAAGGCAUAGACGGCUACGAUCUCUGGGACGCUUUGAGCACUAAUGGCGAAUCUCCGCGAAAUGAAAUUUUGCACAACAUUGAUGAGGACUUCGGAGUCUCAGCUUUAACAGUAGGCAAAUGGAAGAUAUUGCAUGGUAGCACUUAUAAUGGAACAUGGGAUAACUGGUACGGUCCAAGUGGAAGGAAUGGUUUUUAUAAUGCUACCAAGGUGUUGACCAGUCCCGCAGGUAAGGCGAUAUCAAAGAUAAAGGUAUCUACAAACUCUGCCGUAAUCGCACAUUUACGGAAAGUGGCUGAUGUUGACUGCGGCGCUCAAAAAAACUCUUUUCCCUGUAAGCCAUUGGAAGCACCGUGUUUGUUCGAUUUAGAAACCGAUCCUUGCGAAAGAACUAACUUGGCAACCGACCAUCCUGAUACACUUCGGAAGCUUGCGGCUCGUUUACAGGAAUGGAAAGAAACUGCGAUUCCCCCAAACAAUUUACCUCUUGACCAGAAAGCCAAUCCGAAAAAUUGGGGGCAUACGUGGACCAAUUUUGGGGACUAUUUGGAUUAUUAUGUAGCUAGUUAAUGUGCGAUGAUUGGUGAACGCUGCCGCCUUUGCUUCUAGUUCUGUAUUAUAAAUAAUUUCAGACAAUCAACAAAAAUUGAAAUUGUCUCUUUAUGAUUAACUAGUUAACGGAAAUUUUUCAUUGUAAUUGAAAAUUUAAAAUAGCUCCAAGGUAAGCCAGCGCUAGAUUUGUGACGGUACGCCAUACCGGAACGUCUGUGUAUUCUCAUUAGGGAUGGAAUCGAGCCGAGCCGAUCCGAUCUUUUGGAAAACUCGGCUCGACUCGAAAUUAUGGAUGGCCAGCUCGGUUCGAAAAAAAAAUAAGUUCAGCUCAACUCGAAACUCGGAUUAACUUUUCAUUUCGAAUGUGAAAGAGAAAACUUUCCUUGGAAAAUACAUGAUUUAUUUGAACUGACCAAUUAGAUGAAACUAUGAGAGUUUCCGAAUGCAAAAUUUCAUCGAGAUAUUUGUAUAAUAGUCUAUUUCAGGCUACUGGUAAAAAUGGAUCUAAAAAACAAUUCAUUGUAACCAAAAAUACUAUUAUGCCAUCCAAGAGGACAAUACACUAUGGGUUUUUUGAACUGAAAAGAAUUUUUAAAACAAAACUCGGUUAACAUAUAACAUUGUAUAAAACUCUAUUUCGUUAACAUUUAGCAUGCGCUACAUAAAUUAGAGAACUGUUGAAGGCUCUUAUAACUAAUCGAAUCAAAGAAAGAAACGGCAUCAAGCUUUACAUAACUAAAUUACAUUUUCGAGAUCUCAGACAGAUCUGUAUUAAAACCUAAAAUUAGCUUCAGACUAGCAUAAUAUAACAUGUUGCGAAAUAAAUUACCAUAAAUAUUUACACUAUAAUACUGUUGUCGCCUUCUGUUACGAUCUGAUCUUAACACAUCUGCAAAAAAAUUGAGAAUUGGAUGAAUUGAUUAUGGCUUAUUUUAGAUCUUGUUCUAUAUCUAAGAAGCGCCUCACCUGCACUCGCUUUCUUCCCAUCGUGUCCCUGUCGUGCACGUUUUGUUUUGUUCGCAAAUACAGGAGCACGUACUUUCGUCCCAAAAUACGUUUUCGUUUUUACUAUCGAUACACGCGGCGUAAUCCUUCUAAAGAAGUUGUAGUUUACAAAGGAAAUUGCUUUCGGACCGGAGCUCACCUUAUUUUGGCAAUUACAGGAGCACGUCUCCUUGCUGUAGACUUGGAACGGGGUACAAUCUUUGGGCGUUUGCAGGCAGUUACAUCUGCACUUCAGGUCUUCAACUACGGUAAUUGAAGUACAAAGAAUCUCGCUGUUCCUCACAGUUUUGACGUACAUCUUCUUCUCCUGGGUUUGUAGUGGUAAACAGCCCUUAAAUCCAUUGCACAUCCCACCGCAACGUUUCACUAUCACCGCGUUUGGAAUUAUCUAAAAAUAAAGGAGAAAUUACUACAACAAUUUUGGCGCCAGUCUGUAAAAACACAAACAGCGCAAUUUUCCCGAAUCUGAGUUUCUGGGGAUUGCAUAUUUUUGGAAGAGCGAUGAUUCUUUGACUGUGAAACGUUUGUUAGUCACAAUACAAAGGUCGUUGCGGUUUGCUUACAAAUAGCGGAUUCCAUAUGCAGGUGCUUUCAUGGGAACUCUUUGUAUUCUUUACCAACUUUUACAUAAAUAAAGUCGCAUUAAUUCUCGUUAAUCGAGAGUUUUCAUUAUCUACCUCCUAUAGUGUAAAUAUGAAAAUCAUUUAUUUUUUGGAGUAAAAUAUGGAACAAGCCAGAACGCAUUCAUUUAAAUCAUUGUAGUAAAUUAAUCAAAUGUAACACGCACGAUCACAUGUUCUAUUAAAUGCCCUGGGGGGAUGGUCACCCACCUAUGGAGAUGAAAUAAUACUAAACUGAAAAUAAAUGUUAAAUUUGGUUUCCCGACAAUACACAUUGGACGCGGUUAGAGUCACCUCUUUUCACAUGAACACCAUUUCAAGCCUGCAAGUGAGUUCUCAUGAGGAGAUCUAUUGUUUCCCUGGCACUCACUGUGUAUUUCCCAUCGACUUUCUUAAGAAUGCCAAUACCAUUGGUGUGGUCUUUAAGUAGGCGCGAUGCUGUUGGUACGCUGCUAGGGCGCUUCUGUACUCUUCCCAUGUUUCUUCGCGCCUCUGUCGUUGGGGUUUGUCGAAUAGCGUUCUGACUUUAGCCCGAUGUUUUUCUCACUCCAUCAGGAAACGUUCCUCGUUAGCCCCUUCGUUUUUGCUGGGCCGAUCCUCUCAUACGGAUUAAAUAGGAGUCAUCAUUUGAUCCUGUUUUAUAGAGAUAGGUAAAGUUGAAUUUUUAACAUUGGAAAUUUUAUAUGGUUUCGUAUAUGGGUACCAAGUUAUGAGUUUCGUUCAAGCAGAAAAGACAACUGUGUCGCAUCAAUUGACGAGUGUACCGUACUCGACCGUGAUCGGUGAAGGAAAAGUCGCGGGCACAGUCGAUACGGUACUUACUUAAUAAUGCUCAAUUUUUUUGUUAAUCCCAAUCUAUAAUUCUCGCACAUCUCCUUUGCGAGCGAGUGAGUCGAUUGAAUAAGAGGUAUUUGUGUUUUACAUAUGGCGUUAUAGGGUUGUAUGCCUCCGAUGGUUGUAUGGAUUGCGAAAUCUGUGAAUUUUUUUAUUCCUAGUUGCUGUCGAGUCUCCCUAGGAGUUUUUGUUUACAACUUCCAAAGGUGACUCGACUGCAACACAACAUAUAAAAUAAAUCCUAUAUAAUAGCUUUCCUCAUUCAAGGUUAUCUUUAUGGUGUACUCAAAUGAAUAGGAUUUAUCUACUACACAUUCUGAGCUAUCGUUUUUUAUCGUUCGCGCGAUUUGUCAUGCUUACACAGUGACAUGCAAUGAACUCAAAAAAUUCCUCUCAUUAACACCAUAAGUGGGUUUGCACCUAGGUUUGUACGUUUAUGCUUGGUCCAUUUUUCCAAAGAAUGUGCUGCACAAGUAAUUACUGUGCCCAAACGCAAACUCCUUUAGACCUAUACCGUUCUCGCAUCUGCUAUUCAAUAAACGAUCUCUAAACUAUACACCAUGGAAGCCUUGUAAAAUCAAAUUUUCCCUAUUACAACAGACGAGAACAGCUGUGAUCAAUUUUUCCUCCAAUUUUGAACGUGAUAUCAAAAUUUAAGCAAAAUCUUCCGGACCAGUAUUUUCACAUUUUUCGUAAAAGUGGCGGAUUUCUUCCAUGCACUAGAAAGCAAAGGUUGCCCAAGAUUAUCGAACGUUAUCUGUUUAAACAAUGACUUAGCAUAAAUAGCGAGAGUAGCACAGAGGAAUUGUCAGUACUUAUUGAGAUACUUUUUCGUCAACGUAAACCAGCUCCACCUACGAACAAAGACUAUGCCUGCCACAGGAUGCACCUGCACGAUCGUGAAGAUGUGCACGAUUAAUACACCGGAAGGCGAAUUUCCCUGCGAGUGCGUUUUUAAGUGCGUAUGCGCGCCUGGAGAGAGCAAAAAGUGCGAAUGCAAGAUGGAGUGCACUCUGGAAAACGCCGAGAAGAUUAUUAAGCCCAACGGAGAAGUGAUGUAUAGAUGUGAAUGCACUUGUGAAUGCUGAGUUUUAAUUAUGUAUAAUAAAGUCGUUUCUAAAAACUAAA